AUGGAGAGCAACAAUGUUGGAUCAGAUGAGCCCAUGAUAAUGGACAGCAGUACAAAUGGCGAAGAGCGUCAUGAUGAUAGCCAGGGAAGUGCAAGCGUCGACAAUGACUCGGACACCACCGAGACUGUGUCCAUCCUUGAGCGAACCAAUUCGGCGCAACAAGAGCAAAUCGAAGGGCUGCAACGGGAACUGAACGAGUUGCGAGUGCAGCGUGGUGAAGAAGUCUAUUGGUUGCGGCUGGAGUUGGAUUCAUCGCGACGAGAUAAGGAAGCUGUAGAGGAUAGAAUGUCAGAACUCUACCGUGAGAUGCAAGAGAUUUUGGAAGCUCCUAUUGACAAGAGCGAAGGAGCUGAGGCAAACAAUGGGAUGGUGAAGGAAGUUUGCACUGAACCGGACUACGUCAGCGCCCUCCAGGAUCGCCUCACAGCAUAUGAACGCUCUGUCGAGAUAUUGAACCACCAGAUUGAGAUGAUCAAGACGUCUUCGGACGUUGUUGUUACCAGCAUGAAACAAGAGGUCACAGACCUUAUGGAAGAGAAAACGAUAAUGGAACGAGACAUGUUGAAUCAACUCUCAAGCUUGGACAACGAUAAACGAAAAGUGGAAGUGGAACUAGCAGCUUCCCGUGCAGCCAAGCACUCAACAGUUAACGGCACAGCACAAAUAAUGCCCACGCAAAGCACUGACGUUGACACGGGUGUUGAAGCACUCGAUGAAGAUAUUGAAAACUCCACCAAACUCGCAGAAGCUUUCAACGGUACACCAGCCAAGGGGGUGCACGAGGAGUCCUUUUGCUCCACGGCAACAACUCAGGUGUCAUCGUUUGUGGUUGAUGGGUCUCAUCAUCCAACCAGCUUCUUUUUCAAGGAGCACGAUGAAGAUUCUAAGGUGCAGCUCCUCCUUGAAAAGUCCCGCGAAGAAGUAGAGAGGUGGAAAGAGGAGGCCGAAACUUCCACGAUGGACAACAUCAAGCUCAAAGGGAAACUGGAUGAAGUGACGAAGGAACUCAUGUUCACCAGGUCGUCCGCAAACGUAGCUCUGGCAUUGGACAGGAUCGAAACCGACAGAGCAGAGACUCUGGCUCAGCUUGACCGCAUCACUGUUCUGUGGGACCGGGCAGACAGUACUAUUCAAGUCAUGGAGGGCCUAUUGUCAGAGUUUCAACCCAAGUCAGGCCAACCCGAAGACAACCCCACGCUCCAGAAUGACCGAGGCAGACUGCUAUCAACCUUGGAAACCGCUACGCUAGUCCACGGUCAGAUCAAGAUGUCAUUGAUGCUCAUCGAGCUGUCCUUGCGCAAUCACUUGACGUGUAUCCAAAACGACAACCUGCACAUGCCACGCAGCGAGCAAAUAGUGAGUCGGUUGGAAGAUGUACGCUCUGAAACGCUGUCUGCCAUUGCAGCAGCGGAAGAGAAGUGGACAGGUGCGGUAGAGGCUGUAGAGAAGCAGAUCCUCUCGGAGAACCAAAGCAUCAACGAUUCCUUGAAGGUUCAACUCGGAGAGCUUCAAAACGCACAGGAACGCCACAGGUCGCUCCAGCUGGAAUUGGAAGAGCUUAAGGAUCAACCGCCGCCUCUGCAAACUGAAGCAUCAUCAGAGGUGAAUUCAACUCAAGCUGUUACUCCCACUGCUGCUGCCACCGGUACUGAUUCCGUUGCUGCUGAUCAUCAACCACCGAAUAGUCAGAAUGGCCAAGUGCAGUCCAAUGGAUUGAUUGUGAGCCCCGGUACGAUGGCACGGUUGCAAAAGGAGAUCUUGACGGUGGUGGCUCUUGUCCAAGAGAAGAAUGAAGCCAUUCGAUUGUUGAUGACUACCAUUGACAAGCACCGGCUCCGGGAGGAAGUGCUCAAGAAAGAGCUGAAGCGAGUGGCUCAAAAGUCCAACAAGAAAAUCAAGAGCAAAGAUGCCAAAGUUCCCAAACCGCUCAAGUUGGAUCUGAUGAAUGUCCCUCGUGCCAGCAAGGGCAAGGUGCAUGUCGACUCGUCCAAGUCGGGGGGUGGCAAGUCUCCUCAAAAGAAGGUGCGGAAAAGUCAGAAGACCAGCACCGCAGAACUAACCGUCAUCUCUGGCGUUGUUGCCGAGGAAAAGAACCCCAGGAAGACCAAGUCUUCACGUCUGGUGCCUUUCCUUGGGUCAGGAUCGAACCGUGGUUGGUCGUCUCUUUAG